CUUCAUGGUUUAUAAAGCAGAAUUGCUCAUUGGGAAAACAUGUUGAUGUUAAGGAGAUCAUACCAAUAAGAGAAAGAAGUCUUACAAGUUUUGGGUAAUGGAGACUAAGAUAGAAGGAGCAGAUGCAUAUCACCGGGAUGCGGAGAAGGUACCACUUCUGAGAGAUAUGCCCAUACCUGAUGGGGAGAAGAAAAACCCAAUACAGAAAGCGAUCAGUCAGACUUUUAAGAGCACAGCAUAUUUGGCUAAUCUUCUGCCUACCGGAACAGUUCUUGCUUUCCAACUUCUAGCACCGAUAUUCACAAACCAAGGCAACUGUGACUCAGUUAGCCGAUUCAUGACUACUGGCCUUGUUGCCCUCUGUGGAUUAUCAUGCUUCCUGCUCAGCUUCACAGAUAGUUUCAGGGACGAGAGUGGAAAUGUUUGUCAUGGGUUUGCGACAAUCCAUGGCUUAUGGGUCAUCGAUGGGUCGGACACUCUUCCGCCUGCACUUGCUGAAAAGUAUAGACUGCGUUUUAUAGAUUUCAUGCAUGCCUUCAUGUCAGUAUUGGUAUUUGCAGCUGUGGCACUGUUUGAUCAGAAUGUGGUCGGCUGCUUCUACCCAACGCCAUCAGUUGACACUCAGGAGAUCCUCACAGCAAUGCCAGUUGGGAUAGGUGUCAUAUGCAGCAUGUUGUUUGUUGUCUUUCCAACCAAGCGCCAUGGAAUUGGCUUCCCCUUGUCCACAAACUAACCUUUUCCUUGUUUCCAUGGGAUGUAAAUGUAGUCCAAUCUUUCCAUAGUUGUAAAGUUCUUCUAAUCCAAACACACUCACCAUUUUUUAAAUUUUGAUCUCUUGUGUGAAUCCAAAUCAUGAGACCAUUCUUUGAUAUUGUUCUAUUAUCUUAGCCAGAUGUAACAAGUUCAUGUCACCAAACAUCCAGUUGCUGAAUUCAAUAAAAUGUGACCUUCGGA